GUGAAAAGGUAUGUUAAAUUAUUGCAUAAAUGGGGACAGCGCCAUCUAUGUGCUGUGUGAUGUGAUUUAGCGUGUGGAGUAGGGACCGCCCACAGCAGAGUUAAUGAAGCAUUGCUGUGGAAAUGGUUUAUUCUCUUUCUGAAUCAGUGAAACCCUAUUCACACACACCAUCUCCAUUGUGCAGAAAGCAGACCGCCCAGGCAAGACCGUCACAUUGGUGCCGUGAAGUUGUGAUGCCGCUGUGUUGCUAUGGGUUGUGUCUUCAAGCAAGUUGAUUGAGAUCACCGUGCUGCUGCAUUAGGACUGGAAGCGUGUGUCAUCGGUUGAACUGUUCGUCAUCAUUCCACAGCCUUUGGUGAUUGAGGGACUCAAUGACUUUAUCCUUUUUUUGCUCUAUUGGACUUUUCUCUCUCUGCUCUUUGAUAUUGAGUUAAUGCCUGUACGUAUUAUAGCGUUUUUCAUUGCCCAAGAUGAGUAACAUCAAUAGAUUCUUACCUGAUCAAUGUACUCCUGUUCCAGUGGGUAGAGGCAGAGGGGUUUUAGGUUUCCCAAUUCCCUUUCCGAUGGACAGCCCCGACACUGGCAAUAACAAUAGUAGACCUGGUUUUACAAGAGGGGUGUGUUUUGUACGAGAGUACGAUACAGCAGACAUGCAGUCAGAUGUCAAUCACAGAGUAGCCUCCACAUCUACACCCAACAAUGAUAUGUUAGGGCAGAUGAGUUCAAUUGUCCAUCAAAUUGGCCAACAAUUAGCAGAGAACAUUAUAUCUCAUCUCAGUUCCCAUAGCUUUGACACUGACGCACCAAGUAGAAAACACACUGAUGAUUAUAAGAAUGACAGCCCCUCAAGCGUGGCUAAUUUGUCACAAAAAAACCAAGUGAUUCAGCACAGAAAAUUCAAGGAGCCACCUUCAUUCAGAGGAGAUGGUUCAGAUACAAUUGAAAUUGAGGAAUGGGAAGAUCUGAUGAGGACAUUUGUUAAAAAGAGCAACAUGAAUGCGGAUGAACACGUGGAGGAAAUCCUUGUACACCUGCGUGGUAAAGCUAAAGACGUUGUCAAAUUCUGGAUCAGGAACUGUGACUCUGCCACCACUGUCUGCCCAAACUCUGCCUACAGCCUGCUGCGCAAACAUUUCAGUUGUAGUCAUUACUCACCUGUUCCUCUUGCUGAUUUUUACACUACUUUACCCGAGGACAACGAAAAUCCAUACGACUACUGGCUGAGACUCAACAGAGCUGCAGAUGUCGCAUCUGAAUGCUUGCAAGAGCAAGGUAAAACACUUGACAAACCCAGCGUGGAAAUAGUCCACAUGUUUAUCAGACACUGCCCAAGUAAAGACUUAGCCUUAACCUUCAGAUCCAAACCGAUUGACAAAUGGUCAGCCCAUGAAGUACAGGCUGUGCUUAAUGACUAUCAAUCUGACUUAUCGUUCAAAGCCACCAGUACAGUGCAUCGCAGCCAAAGUGAAAGAGUUUCAAUCAACAAGAUUGAUGUUAACGCAGUUCCAGUGCCCGCUCCCACGUUGUGCGAACAACCAAAAAGCACAGAUUUCUCUGCCCUUGAAAAGGUCAUUGACAUGCUUGAAAAAGUUCUGCUAACCAAUUCUAACAAACCUCCAUCCCAUCCUAGACGCCAGCCUCAAACCAGACUUCCUAGGAUCGAAGGUCUUGAUGCCUUACCGUGUUCUAUUUGUAAUGAUGCUGCCCAUUCCGCCUUGAUGCACUGUCGUGAGCACUGA